CUGAUGACUGCUCGCCUAGAUCUUGGAAGUUAUACAGGUUACAUAGCUAACUAGUAGCUCACUGACUUCCUUUAAAGUAGGCUAGCUUCUUGGAUUGAUACAAAUCAUGGCCCAGGAAUUCGUGAAAGCUCAAAUCAAGGGAGACAAAGUGGUGGUGUUCUUGAAACCGUCCUGCCCUUUCUGCGUUACGGCCAAAGAUGUUUUGUCAAAAUAUAAAUUAAAAACUGGGCAUUUGGACUUCAUUGACAUUAGCGGAAGGAGUGACAUGAACAGCAUUCAAGAUUACCUAAAGCAAAUCACCGGAGGUCGGACGGUGCCGCGGGUGUUCAUCGGGGAGAAGUGUGUGGGGGGCGGCAGUGACGUGGCUGAUCUGGAUAAGAGUGGCAAACUGGAGGGCAUGCUGCAGUCCAUUGGAGCGCUGCAGUGACGAGACAUGCAGUCCCAAGGGCGGGCGGUGGCCGCAGCAGGGGCAGGCGCAGGGGUCAGGGGUCACAUGAGGUUGCAACGGGACUUGCGCAGCUGCCGCCGGCGCUGCUGGUACUCAUUCAGCUCCUGCAGGUAGCCUCGCGACGGCCAGCGCAGCCUCUCCACGUGCUCCCGCUCCUCGUCUGAACAAACAAACAGACAACGAUAACAACAACAACAACAACAACAACAACAACAAUAAUGAUGCAUGCAACAGGCUCCACCUCUUCUCCGACCCCACCUCCAGAACUACAGGCCAGUACUAUGUCAAGCCGAGCAACCUGUUAACUACUGCAACCAGAUACGCAAGGAAUACUGACGCCCAGUACAUACAGUCCCAUAAAGAACAUGUAAUGUGAGGCGUGGUUGGUGCUUGGCAAACAAUGGCACCAACCACACAUCACAUUACUGGCUUAUCAAGCACCAAUCAUAGAUCUGACUGUGGUUUAUCAGCUUUGUCAUGUAAAGGCCUCAGUAAACCUAGCCCUGAUGGCAUUUAAAGUUGUGCACUAAAAUGUUUAUAAUUAGAAGACAUUUUUUGUUUUGUUUGUUUUUUCUUAAACGUGACAGAUUUACAUGUGACAGAAAUGUCUUUUAUAAAAGGGAUUGUGUGUGUUUUUGUUUUGGUCUUUGCUCUUGUACAUGUUCCUGAAAUACCCGUCCAUUCCCUCUCCUGACGAGAACAUAUGUGCCUGUGGAAAUAAACUCUGAAGCCAGUCAAAUCUA